AUGGCGCCGAAGAGAGACCAGGGAGGUAGCCAAACUGGAUUCGAUGUCUUAGACUCAGUCCACAAGGGGGACGAACGCGAUCCUCCUCCACCUCCUAGCCACAGAGACAAUACCGCAGAAGAAGCUGCUCUGGCUGAAGAGCAGCGCAAUGCCUGGAUCCUCCGCAACCUUGGCUACCUGCAAUCGUUCGACGUUCGCGGCCUACAUCAACUUCCGCUGCUGUCGCGUCUGUGGGGAUAUGAUUUCGGCUGGUAUGGCUUAAGCAUUAUGUUCAAGAUCGCAGACUUGACAAUGCUCGCCGGUCGUCGCCUGAACCCUCAAGAGAUGUCAGUCUUCGCCUCUCACACCGCAAGGGGAGUUGUAGCGGCCUCUUACGAUCGGCCGAUUGCUAUAGGGGCAACCAGUUUUGCCCUCUGGCGCGGGUGGUCGUCAUACCGGAUGCCAUUCUAUCAGCCCAAAUUCACCACAUGGGUGCACCCACAGGCUAGUCGGCGCCCAUUCCUCUCAUCUUUGGCCUGGCAUUCAGCGCGGGUGGGGAUUUACGGGCUUGUUGGUCUCAGCGCCUAUAAGCUAUUCUCAGAUCGCUACAUCGACUACAUGCUGGUCAAUUUCGCUGAGGACGCCUUGAAAUUCGAUCCAGCCUUGAAGAAAAUAAACCAGGAUAUGAACAACAACUUGGACCGACUACGCAGCGAGAGGGCAAGAAGGCAUGGCAAGACUGAGUAG